UAGCCCUCUGCGCGCACGUCGCCGCGCACGACCACGCGCGCCAAAUUCAAAUUCAAAAAUCGAACACCAGAAAAAAGUGCCUUUUGUUUUCACCGAUUUUAUGCCAUCAAAAGUGAAUUUCAGUGUUGUGUGCCAGUGUUCGCUUGCAAAUAGCUACGCUCGACUCUGAGCGACUUUCACCCACACCAAGAGUUUUUGCAAGCGCCUAGGGCCGUUUGAGGCGGCGACAGGAGGCGAGAUGGUGUCUAGAAGACGUAUACUGUCGCGGUCGCGCGACGACCUCACACAAGCCUUUGCCACACAGAUGGAGGAGGAGGAAGAUGUGUGGUACCAGAAGGAUAAGCUUUAUAAGGAACACAUACAAGAAGUUCUGGAUAAAUGGACACAGAUCGACGACGAGAUCUGGGCGAAAGUGAUAGUGUUCGAGCGUAAUCGUCGUGUCGCCAAGGCAUAUGCGCGGGCGCCGGUGCUCACAAUCAAUGGGUCCGAUGAUGGAUUUGAUGGCAUGAGAAUCGGACUUUGCGGAUUCGACAACCCACAUAGAGACCAGAAAACAGAUGAAUUGAAAAGGCACAUAGGACAGGGCGUGAAAAUAAAAAUGGACGACGCCGGCAACAUACUCAUCAGGCGCUACUCCAAGAGUAGCGUGUCUGUGAAGAGUACAGCGGCGACAAGCACCGAGGAGACGGCUAUUGGCCAGGACAUACUCAAGCUGCCUGGAUAUGCGCUCGAACAGGAGAAGAUAUUUAAGCUAUUCGACAUGAAGAAGUUCCAGUCGAACGUGAACAGGGAGCUCCGGAGGUCGUAUCCUGACCGCAGACGGUUGGAGACCCAGUGCCUCAGCGCCAUUGCCUUCGUCAAGUCUGAAAACGAGCUGCUCGACUGCCCCAUCUGGGUGCUCAUCAUCAACGUCGUCGCUAUGGACAUGCUCAAGUCUAAGCUGCCUCCAGUCCAAAGACCACUGGACAUCAAGAACAGGCCUCGCAUCCCGAUUCCUGACGAGGACCCCUAUAGCAUCGCGAGCUCCAACGCCAACGGGUCAGGCUCCAGUGGAAGCUCAGGAGGCUACGGCCACAACGGGCACGGCGUAGUAGCAGCUACCAGGGAACAGCUGAUGAUGCAGAUGGGCCAGCGACGGGGAGACAAACCGCCCAAACUGCCGCCGAGGGAGAAUGGAUAUGGGCCCGCUGAUAUUCCCAAGCCGGAUUACGAUGACAUCGAUGUGAAUGGGCGUGUGCCGACACAGUUCCCGAGAGGCAAAUCGGAUAAGGGCAAAGACAAUAAGAAAUACGACGAUCCGUACUACUGCGGCCUGCGCGCUCGUGUGCCAAACUUCGUGAAGACGAAUGGCGUGAAGCACCUACCGCAAAUGACGGAGCGCCUCACGUUGAAGGAAGCUCCAAUCCCGGUGCCAAGCAAGCGCUUCAGCGUUGCCCACGCGCACCCCGGCCCGUUCCCGCCACACAUGGCGCCGUUCGCGCAUGCGCCCAUGCCACCCGCGGCUCUCUGGCAUGCACGCUCCUACGAGAGCGGAAUCGAUGGAGAACAUUAUGACCCGUAUGCGUUGUAUGGCCGUCUCCCCCUCCCCGGCCGUGGAUUCCCCCCUCCCCCGGCGCCGCACGCGCGCCAUAUGUUCAUCGGAGAGUGGGACUAGACUUAUACACACCCUUAGAUAGUAUUAUGUUUAUUACAGUUUAAGACCGACGGUCACGGAGGCUUUUUUAAGAACAUUCUCUCUUAACUUGGCAAAGGUUUCUGCAGGUGGCAGGUAAUAUGGAUUAGUAACAUUACAAUAUGGUAUGUAAACUUUAUAAAGAAAAGGUAGGAGGAUUUUUUUUUAUAUAAAUAAAACGAAAUUUAGAAAUGAAAACGUUUUUCCGUCGUUUAAGAGAAAAAAAGCCGUAAUUGUCGUUCUUAAAAGCUUAAUUAUGAAUACUGUCACAUUGAUUUUUUUUACAUCUACGAACAUUUUAGAGGAUCUGUUUAAUUCGAAGAUGAGCAGUCAAUGUAACAGUUUCGUUAUUAUGUAAAUAUUUUAUAAUAAUGUAAAUUAUAAUGUAUACAGAGUCGUUGUAAAGCUAUAUGCACUUGUGUACCUCGAUGACGCAUAUCGAUUUUCACAGGUAGUAAUUGUCAACUUCGACUUUAGUCUAUAGAAAAAUGUAAUGGACCAUUUUUUAAGUUUUUUUUUUUACAUAUAUCUAUGACGUAGUGUUGAAAUACACAUUAUUAGCUUAGAAUUGCGUACCAAGUUAAUUUAGUCCUUAUAAAUUAUACAUAGUUAAUGUAAAAACUAGGAUUAGUUGAUAGAAUGAAUAGAAACGAACACUGCCACUUUUUAACGAGUUCGUCAUAAUCGGAACUACGUAAUGUUUCUUUUAAGUUAAGGUGUCAAUCCUAGUCAAAACAGGGUUGGGAACGAUCAAAGGGCUUAUUUAAAAAGUAAAACUAUCUUCUAUCAUGAAAAAUAUUGAAGAUAUGAUCAUUUUCAAUUCGAUGGUCAAAAUUUUAAAAACGGAUCUGCUUUCGGUUUCUUUUUUUUUUUAAUCUGAACUGAAAUCAUUCCUGUUUUGUUUAGUUUGAUUUUAGAACAGAUUUUCUUUGAAUCUUGAAUGCUUUUUGAUUUUUCAAAAUUUUUGUUAUCUUUGUAAAUAGAAAUUUAGAGUAGCGAAUAAUAGUUUUUUAGGGUAGACGUUACGUAUUUGUCUAUAAUAUCCUUCUCGAAUACUCAAUAUUCACUAUAGCUUUGUUGUUUAAACGACGAACUUAAAUGUAAUUUAUUUUUCUUAAUUAUUUUGUAUAUUCUUUUAUUUUUGUAAAUGUGCAUAACUAACUAGAAUAGAAAGUAAAAAUUAAAUUGAAGAUGAACAGAAUUUUGUAGGAUUUAAUAAUUAAUUUUGUAUGUAAUUAGGGUAACGAUUGUAGAAGAAUUAUAAUGACUCAUAUCCAUGUGCAAAGACCAGCGCUAACAUUUGUACACAUUGGAACCUUAUUACAUUAACUUGUAAGACGUUUACUGAGACUUUGUACUCAAGUUGUCAAAUUAUUUGAUGUGAUAAGGUACUGCAAUGACCAUUAUGUCCACAGCAUUCAGUAAAAAACCAGUUGUGGUAUUAGUGUCGUAGGUAAAGGGGCAUAAGUCGAUCACGUUAGCCAAACCAUAAUGUAUCUUGUAACUUUUACAGUAAGAUCGAUAAAAAUAAUACAAGCCAUUGGCAUACCAAUAUUUUUGAUUUUAAAAUAUAACAAUCGGAAACAUUUUUAAUUACUCAAAAUUCCAGAGGUGCUAAACAGGUUACCAAUUGUAUCUUAUGUAUUAUGGUAGAUAAUAAUAUAGAUACUUAUAUAAAAUCAGAGAAAAUUCGCGUCAACUUUGUUAUAAUUAAUUAACUAUACAAACUUAUGUAUAUGACGGAAAAUAAGUAUACUUUUGUAUAGAUAGAACGAUAUUAUUGAUCAUUUUAGUUCAAUUAAUGAAUUAUAAAUCCCGUAGAAAUGUCACAAAAUCACGAACGCAUUUCUUCCAAAACAAUUUUCUAAUCGAAAUAGAUAUAUUUUUUUUUACGAAAUAUAGAUAAUAAAAUAUCAACAUCCUUAUUGUAUUAUGUAACACAGGGUGUUGGUUAACGAGUAACCUAAUUUAAGGAAAAUGUGUAUGAAUAAAAUAUACUUUUAUUUUUA